AUGCUCUAUGCCGAAGACCUAUCCGUCAACGGGACUGUACUUACAUGUGAAUAUCCCGCCGAAGACGGCUCAAAUGUUCGACUUGAUCAUCAACUGAAUAAGUCCAUGGGUCCUGUACUUCUUCAAGACGGCGAUUGUCUUUAUCUCUCAAAGUCAACCUUUGUGCAGUACAACGAGCUCAAUCCUCAGGACGAAUUCACCAUGUCACCCAUCAUGGACUGUGAGGUCAAGGUAGACUUUGCUAUCAAACCUCGCCUCAUUAGUGCUGGAGGCCAAGGUAGAGUGUAUGUUGCUUGGGACCGCAACGCCAAACAACAAGUGGCAUGCAAAGCUGUCUCUCUGGCUGGCGUGGAUCUGAACCGCGACCAAGAUACAUCUGAAGCCUCAAUUCAGGCCGCAUCCAAUCGUGCUUCUCGAGUGCAGUCGGUAAAGCUGCUACGCAAGAUACAUCGACUUGAGGUCGAGUAUGAAGUUCUCAAGGAUCUCAGUCAUGUAGGCUGUCUCUUGUUUUGGUCAUGA